GGAGAAAGUACAUGUCAUGUGAAAAAUUACCUGACCAAAUUAAAAUAAGGAAAAAAGCGUAAAUUCUCUAACCCAGUCUGAAGGCAAAUACACAUGAACGAUGCCUUGAAAUCAAAAUACGAAGAUAUAACAACAAUGUAGUUUUAUUCAUAUACCAGUUUAAUGUUGGACGUACACGUCCUUAGUUGAAGGUUAUACUACGUUUUUGAGAUGGUGUUAUUCAUGCUUUGUAUUUUUUUGUGUACUUACGAAGUUUCUGGCAGCACAUUAACUUUUGAAUUAGAGGAUAGAUCCAAGCAGUGUUUUUAUGAAGAUUUUGAUCAGGGGACGAAUUUCACGGUCCAGUUUCAUGUAAUAUCAGGUGGGAAUUAUGAUGUAGAUGCAGAAUUACGGGAUCCUUCCAGAAAAGUGAUUUUCUCAGCUAAUCGCUCGCCUAUGGACACAUUUUUUGUUGAAGACUCCAAGAAAGGUACUUAUCGAAUAUGUUUCAGUAAUUCCUUCUCAACGUUAACACACAAAAUUGUAUCACUAUCAUGGUUCAAUGGUUCUGAUGAAGCUCAUUGGGCAAAUGUUGGCGGUCCAUCAAUUGAUACAACAUUAUCCGUCAGUUUGAACAAUAUACAAACAUCAGUGCAUAAAGCAGUUGCACAACAAUAUGAAACACGUGUAUUUUUAACACGAUCAUUUUCUUAUGCCAUGGCGCUUAACGCCCGUGUAUUAUAUUUGUCAAUAUUUUUAGCUAUAGUCAUUAUUCUCUUCAGUAUUGGACAAGUCUUAGUAAUGCGAUCAUUCUUUGCAUCACCAUCACCGAAAUCAUUUGUAAAACCAGUUCCUUCUAUGCCGGGCACCUUUCAUACACCUGGUUUUUAAAUCUUUUCUGUGUUAGAUUAUCCCAUUGUACAACUCUGUUACUGUGUGUGUGUGUGUGUGCGUGCAUCUUCACAUUCCCUCUCUCUCCUUCUUCACAUUGAUCUCAGCAGUUUAUGUGAUCAGACACUGUUUUUGUUUUAUACGAUAUUUUUUACUAUUCACUCGUAGAUUCGUAUGAUUAUAAUAUCUUCUUUUUUUAGAAAAAAAUUUCUGAUGAACUUUGACCUAUUAUUGUUUAUAAAUCAGUAUGUAUUUGAAUUUCUUUUUUUCUUGAAGAUGAGGAAUCACGUCGUUUUUUUAUCCUACAAUAACUCACUGCGCUACUUUGCUGCUAUUGUUUUUAUUGGCUCCUUUUCUUUGUGUUUAUACUUUUUUUGGCGGGACAUUUUAAAUUUUUGAGUACCGGUCUUUCAGAUUAGUAUUCUGUGUAACUUCUUUUUACAUUUCAAACAUUUUACCAGCAAGAGUGUGUGGUAAAUUAUUACUAUUAUGAUUAUCAUCAUUAUUUGUGUUGGUUGGAUUCAAUAAUUGGCUAUUGUUUGUUUUAUGGUAGUCUUUCUGCUUGUUUCUGCUGAGCUGUUCUAUGUAGAUGUGGGCGUGUGUGUGAGUUAGACUGAACUCAACUAUCAUCAAGUGAAACUUGGCACAAAAGUGCAACAGUGUGUGUGUGUAUGUGCGUAUUUUGCGUAGCAUUACGUCCUGUACUCCUUUAUGGCUGUGAGAC